AAAGGAAAAAUUAAGUCCCAACUAUUUUAGCAGGGUGUUCUCGUUCCCAACGAAGUACACUGUAGCUCCAACCUACGCCCUAACGGCUAUUGGUCUGUACUGUUUCUUGUUUUAAAUAUAAGUAAAAUAUACUUAUUUCCUAAUGGACUAAUGGAGUCUUUCCCCUUUGUUUAACGAACCAGUCCUGAUCUUGAUCGAUCUUUCACUUGAUCUCGCUGAUAAACAAAAACGAUAUAGAGGUUAACAAAGGUUCCUCUUCGCCCCUCUCCUUUCUUUGUAUAGUAUUGAAAUAAAGAGAAGUAAAAUGGGGAGGAGUAGAUCGUCCGGCAAUAGGUGGAGGAAGAGAUCUCUAAGUUGCAUGAAGAAGUGAUACGGUUGCAAAAUCUGUAAAAAUACUUUAUGCCUAUGGGGGAGAGGUAUUUGAGGACAGCAAUGGUGAAGAUAGUGGUGGUGCGGGCAAUAGGUUUGGCAACAAUGGCGGUGGAAGGAAUAGAUGGGCCCAUCUGUGCUCUGGCAGCUGGAAGAGUUGAAGGAUGGUCGAGGUAUAUCAGGUGAAAAGAUGAAUUUUAGUCGCAGUGGUGGUGAUGUGGUGAAGAAAAAGGAUUUCGCUGAUGACCCCAUUGAUGCUCAACGAAGAGAAAAAGUGAAAGAUGCUAUGCUUCAUGCCUGGAGUUCAUAUGAAAAAUAUGCAUGGGGCCAUGAUGAACUUCAGCCACAAACAAAGAAGGGUGUUGACAGUUUUGGUGGUCUUGGGGCAACAUUAAUAGAUUCUCUUGACACACUAUAUAUCAUGGGCCUGGAUGAGCAGUUUCAGAGAGCUAGAGAGUGGGUUGCAAGCUCCUUGGAUUUCAACAAGAAUUAUGAUGCCAGUGUUUUUGAGACAACCAUAAGAGUUGUAGGUGGACUUCUUAGUGCAUAUGAUCUCUCUGGUGAUAAGCUUUUCCUUGAUAAGGCUAAAGAUAUUGCUGACAGACUGUUGCCUGCAUGGAAUACACCAUCUGGCAUCCCUUACAACAUUAUCAACUUGUCACAUGGGAAUCCACAUAAUCUUGGGUGGACAGGGGGUAAUAGUAUCCUGGCAGAUUCUGCCUCUGAGCAGCUUGAAUUUAUUGCUCUUUCGCAACGGACAGGAGACUCAAAGUAUCAACAGAAGGUGGAGAAUGUUAUCUUAGAACUUAAUAGAACUUUUCCAGAUGAUGGUUUGCUUCCAAUACACAUUAAUCCCGAGAGAGGGACAACGUCAUACUCCACUAUAACGUUUGGGGCCAUGGGGGACAGCUUUUAUGAAUAUUUACUCAAGGCCUGGAUACAAGGAAACAAAACAGCUGCUGUGGGACACUACAGAAAAAUGUGGGAGACAUCAAUGAAAGGUCUUUUAAGCUUGGUGCGGAGGACUACCCCAUCAUCUUUUGCUUAUAUUGGUGAGAAGAUCGGAAGUUCUUUAAAUGACAAGAUGGAUGAACUUGCAUGCUUCGCUCCAGGAAUGUUAGCUUUAGGGUCGUCUGGUUAUGGUCCUGACGAGUCUCAGAAGUUCUUAUCACUGGCAGAAGAGCUUGCUUGGACUUGCUAUAACUUCUACCAGUCAACACCUACAAAAUUGGCAGGAGAAAACUAUUUCUUUAAUGAUGACGGGCAGGAUAUGACUGUGGGCACAUCGUGGAACAUACUAAGGCCAGAAACGGUUGAGUCUCUAUUUUACCUCUGGCGUUUAACUGGAAACAAGACAUACCAAGAGUGGGGUUGGAACAUAUUUCAAGCAUUUGAAAAGAACUCGAGAAUAGAGUCUGGAUAUGUUGGACUUAAAGAUGUUAAUACCGGUGUGCAAGACGAUAUGAUGCAAAGCUUUUUCCUUGCGGAGACUCUUAAAUAUCUCUACCUUCUUUUCUCACCCUCUUCACUCAUUCCACUAGAUGAGUGGGUCUUCAACACAGAGGCCCACCCCAUAAAAAUUGUUAGCCGGAAUGAUCGAGCAGUGAGUUCUGGAAGGUCAGUUGGACAAACCAAAUCAUAUAGGCGGCCACGGACCAGGAGAGAAGGCCGAUUUGGUAAUAAGUAGAUUCACAGGUCAUCAUUAGUUUAGUUGUUGAUUGAGAAGGCCAAUUUGAGAGUUGGAAUUCAAGUGCAGUUUUGCUUGGCACUUCUUCAACCAGAUUGACGGGAUUUUCCCCCCCAACAUUGAUAAAAUGCUCAGUAUAGGAGAAGUUAUGAGUAUGUAGCAUAGUUAUUUAGUUUCCUUUUUCUAUGUUCCCUUAAUACUAGCGACUGUAUUCUAGUACAGGUCAUAAGGGCAUUUGGUUGCGGGUAGCUCUACAUAUUUGGGGCUGGACGAGUUUUUGUAUAUCAUACCUUUUUAUUUUCGUUUUUCAAAUACAACAGGUAAAUUCUAAUUUCAAGGACUGUUGACAA